AUGGCAGAAGGAACACCACUGAUAAGUCUUAAGAGUUUAGAAGAGGAUGAAAAAGUUUCAUCACCGUCCAUGUAUCAAGAAUUGGAUCCAAGCCGACAAAACGGAAAAUCCAAGCUCACGAGAAGGAUGGUUUCUCCAAGGACUGUGGAAGAACGACAAGACUUGGAAAAGGGAUUUUCUAAUCCUGUGGGAGGACAAGGUUAUCACAGCAACGUGUCAAGCUCUAGUGACUUGUCAACUCUGGAGAAACAGCCUAUUUACAAAGUGAAGGGAACAAAAACACAAAAACUUAUAUUUCAUAUUUGCAAUAUUUCUUGCCCAAUUUUGAUUUUAGCAUUCAUUUGUAUUUUCGGAGUUGGUAUAGCUCUUUAUUUUGGUAUGAGAGUAACAAAAAGCAGCCCUCCAGUACAACUCGUUGGAAAACAUGCUGCUGUCGCCAGUGACAGCUCUAUUUGCUCGAACAUGGGACUGAAGGUAAUUAAAGAAAAAGGAGGCAAUGCAGUUGAUGCAGCAGUGGUUGUUGCAUUGUGCUUGGGUGUGACGAGGCCGUUUGCAAGUGGAGUUGGUGGAGGUGGAUUUAUUAAUAUUUUCCUUAACCAAACUAAAACUAUUGAUUUUAUUGAUGCCAGAGAAACAGCUGCCAGUGCCGCUUCACAAGAUAUGUACGUCAAUAAUAAUGAAGAAAGUGUCACUGGAGGAAAGGCCAUUGCAGUUUACGGCGAGAUUAAGGGACUUUACAUGGCCCAUUCGGCUUACGGAAAACUUCCUUGGAAGGAUCUAUUCACAGAUGUGAUUGGCAUGGCACGAAAUGGAUGGACUGUGGAACCACUAUUGGCCUUGAGACUUUCUCAAGAUGACAUUCUCAAGUAUCCAACAUUGAAACAAUUUACCACCGUAGAUGCAAAUGGAGUUCUACGUGUAUUUAAAGAAGGGGAAACAAUCAAAAGACCAGAAUAUGCUAAUACAUUGGAACUUAUUGCCAACCAAGGACCUAAUGUGCUUUACGAAGGACCAAUAGCAGAGAAAAUUGUGGAGGAAAUUAAGCAAGAGGGCGGAAUUAUAACAUUGGAUGAUUUGAAAAAUUACAAGCCAUUACGGCCCUUCUCUGAUAGCAACUCUAUCAUUUCCUUGGAAGAAAUGAUGUUAGAUUUUGAAGAUUACAAGGUCAUUCUUCCACCGCCACCAUCUUCUGGACCUGUCAUUCGAUUUAUUUUGAGCAUUUUGAAGAAUUUAAAUCUAUCAAACACUUUCCAAAAUGCACCAAUUGGUCUAAGAUAUCACUACAUUCUAGAGGCCUUGAAGUUUGGUUUCGGCCAUCGUUCUAUAUUGGGAGAUGUAAACUUCUUACCAAAAGAAAAUGUGACCAAGUACAUCAUCGAUCAGCUUUUAAGUGACACCUAUGCUGAACAAAUUUCAACAGAAAGUGUUUCUCCAGCAAGAACUUUUCCUUGGUUACACUAUUUUCCAGACUCCUAUGCGCCAAUAAGAGACAAGGGAACUUCCCAUUUUUCAAUUGUUGACAAUGAAGGCAAUGCAGUAGGAAUGACCACCACAGUUAACCACAAUUUUGGUAGUAAGGUGGCUAGUUUAUCCACAGGUGUGGUGUUUAAUAAUCAAAUGAACGACUUUACUGUUGAUCCAAACAAACCCAACCAGUUUGGCCUUCCACCGUCUGUAGCUAAUGCCAUUGCACCAGGAAAGAGACCUUUGAGCAGCAUGUCUCCAACUAUUUUCCUCGAUAAGAAAGAUAUGACUGUGAAAUAUGUAGUUGGAGCGAGUGGAGGUCCUACUAUUAUUAGUGCCAUCAUUGAGGUGUUCUUCUCGAUUGAUAAGUUUGGAGCAAAUCCAGCAUUGGCGGUGGAACUUCCCCGUGUUCAUGCUCAGCCAGGCUCUUCUGUUGUAAAAAUUGAAGAAGGGUUCAACAAGCAAGUCGUAAGCACUUUGCAAGAAAAGGGACAUGUAUUUGAAAAGGUUCAAAUCUUACCUGAUGGUCACACCAUUGGAUGUUGUCAGGUAGUUCAUGUUACAAAAGAUGAAGAGGGAAAUAGAAUCAUUUUGCCUGCCACUGAUCCACGAAAAUUGGGAUCUCCCGCAUGUUAUUAA